CUCUUCGUUUCUCGUUUUAAAAUAUUCUUCAUUAAAACGAUGCAGAUUUUUGAAAAAUCUUUGCUCCUUUAUUUACUUCUGGUACAGUGUUUAGCAGACAUAAAACAAGCACCAAUAGACGACUACAUAAAGUAUUAUGACAAACUGAAUUAUGACACACAGGAGCUCCACAACAAACACUUGAGGACAAAAAGGUCGACACAAAACAAGACACUGGAACUUAGAUUUACAGCUCAUAACAGAUCAUUCCAUUUAAAUUUGAAGCCUUCCACCUCCGUUUUUACCAAAAACUUUAGAUCCACCCACAGCAACGGGACGGAAGAUUUAGUGAAUCUUUCUUUUAUUUAUGAGGGAUCAGUAUUAGAUGAGCCUGGGAGUCGUGUUCAUGGAGCGGUGAUUCUGGGGAUUUUCCGGGGGACAAUUAGUAUUCCAGGUGACACGUUGUACCACGUUGAACCAGCGUACAGAUUCUACGGUCUCAACCAAGCACAGAAAUUACUCUACCACUCUGUAAUUUAUAAAGAAGAACACCUUGUCUUAAACCCAUACCAAUACACAGAAGGUAUAAAGGCCGGAACAGGAAAUUGCGCUGUUGACAAAUAUCAUGAAUGGAUGCUCCACCAAACCGAGACUGAGGUUGAUUUACGUAGAAAACGGAUUAACUACAGCCAUAGGGAAAACCACAACAAGUAUUCUUCAGAGAUCAACGAUCCCACGACUCGAGGAAGACGGGCGGCCGCAGAGGAAACUUGUGAUAACUCACUACCUAACACCUGUAACCUGUACCUGAGAUCAGACCCAGUAUUAUACAACAAAUUCAACGCCGAUCUUGGCAACAAUAAUGAAAUCGCAGCCAAAAACGAAAUUCUAUCCUUAUUCAGCAGCCAUGUUAACGCAUUGAAUGAAAUUUUCCGCCGAACAAGACUGAAAUCCACGUCUAAAAUCCCUUGUUUCGUUCAAUUUCAAAUCCAGCGGACAACGGUCAUGACAGACAACACGGAGAACUGUAACAAUGCCCUCCAGAAGACGGCGUUCUGUCAGGGGAAUCUAGACGUCAGUAACUUCCUCAAUCUUCACUCUCUGUCUAAUCAUGACGACUUCUGUCUGGCCUACACCUUUACCUACCGAGAUUUUCUACAAGGGACGCUGGGACUAGCAUGGGUCGGGUCAUCCACAGCAUCGUCAGGUGGCGUAUGUGAAAGACACAAAUCUUACAGGGAAGGUGCUAUUGAUGUCAAAAAAAGUCUUAAUACGGGAGUGGUUACUCUACUCAACUACGGCAAACGUGUCCCACCACGUAUCUCAGAGCUCACAUUCGCUCAUGAAGUCGGACAUAACAUGGGAUCUCCACACGAUGACGGUAAAACGUGUGCUCAAACCACGCCUGACCAAGGAAACUAUAUCAUGUUCGCAAGCGCCACAAAGGGAAAUCUCCCAAACAACGACGACUUCUCUCUCUGUUCUAAAAAUAUCUUUACUGAUGUCAUCGCUGCUGUUGUUAAUAAGAGGAAUGGAAAGUACAACUGCUUUACACAGUCUAACAUGGCGUUCUGUGGUAAUGGAAUGGUAGAAAAAGGGGAGGAGUGCGACUGUGGCUAUGAUACAGACUGUACUGAUAAAUGCUGUAACCCACAGCAAACAUCUGGCUCUGACAGUAAUGCCUGUACACUGAAAAUCAACCAAAUGACCAAUGAAAAAUAUAAUUGCAGUCCUAGCCAAGGAGCGUGUUGUUCAUCUGAAUGUGGGUUUUGGGGCACUGACAAACAAUGUCGAUCCUCAACAGAAUGUCUGAAGGCACAAAAUUUUACUGGGGAUUCAUCAACUUGUCCUGGGUCAAAGAAGAAACCAGACUUGACAUUCUGUGAUGAUUUCUCCCAAGUUUGUCUUAACGGGUUUUGUUCUGGCUCCCUGUGUCUAAGAAUUAACAGUUUUUACACUUCAAGGUGGGAACAAUGCUUCGUCAGAAAGACAGGAGAUCUUACAGCGGAGGACAGAGUGGAACUGUGUUAUUUGGCCUGUAGACAUAAUACUUCCUCUAAGUGCUAUGAAUCAAAUAACGAUCAACACCGUUUGGAGUCUAGAGAAUUCAAGACUUUUAUAGAUGAAGUCAACAGGAUGAAAAAUUCUACAGGCGGAGUGCGAAUGCCAGCAGGUGCAGUCUGUAAUGAUUACGCGGGUGUUUGUGGCGUAUUCUCUCGAUGCCGAGGAAUGAGUGAUGAAGGACCCUUAAGGAGAUUGACAAACCUCUUGUUCAGUGAGGAAACUUUGGCCAAUAUCAAAAACUGGAUAAUAGAACAUUGGUGGGCCACUAUUCUGAUAGGGAUUGGUGUGAUUAUAUUUAUGGGAAUCUUCAUAAAAGGAUUAUCCUAUGAUACUCCCAGUACCAAUCCCAACAUACCGGUAUAUAGUCAGAACCUCCCACUGCGAGAGUUUGAGUACGACCGACGCAGGAAGGGCUUUUCUGAAUUCCCUCCGCCAUAUUCCUCUCCAAAGGGCUCCCCACAUGGACACAGAAAAAGGCAGAAGUAAAUUAAGACGAAAAAUUUAGGACAUAUGAACUUAAAAUAGAGGUUGAUUAUAUAAUUUAACCACUAACAUAUGUUAACUGACCGAUGCCUCUGAUGAGAUUUGAAACCAUUUGUGUUGUAUAUUGGAUUUCUACUUGACUGCUUCUACUUUGAGUGACGAAUCAGUGUAGCUCUUUGUUAGAAUUCCAGAGACUUGUUAAAAAAUCAGUGUAAACAUUUCUAAUAAGAUAAUUGCACAAUUU